AUGGUGACAUUAGCUGUCAGUGUCAUAGGGAGCAAGGUUCGCCGCGCCGAGUAUAACAUUGAUGAUAACGUAGCUAUAUUGCAAGGAUCUUUUCAUCAAGGAUGUGAAAGGUUUAGCCCAGAAUCACGUGGUAACGAGAUCGUGAAAAAAUGGAGAAGCGUGAGGGACAACUUUUUUCGAUAUGUAAAAAAAUUAAAAGAAAACAGUUCGUCUGGAUCAGGGGCAAAACAAUUUAAAAAAUAUCAUUAUUACAAUCAGUUGCAAUUUUUGUUGAAAAUUGCCCAAAAUAAAACUGACAGUAGCCUUGAAAACGUGCCUGAUGAAACGGAACGAAACAAAAACACAACAUUAUCUUCUCCAUCUCAAGAAAUGUCCUCGUUACCCCCAGGACCUUCUCGCUACGUGCCUGCAAGCCGCAAGAGAUCAAACCAAGCAAUAGAUGAUUUCGAGGCGCAAACAUUAGAAGCGUUGCAUGAGACAGAAAACCGCCACUUAUCAUUUUUCAAAGGAAUUUUGCCUUCUUUGGACGGCUUUACGGAAUUACAGACUUUGACAUUCCAAAGCAAAGUUAUAAAUAUCAUUACCGAAAUGCGGUUCGGGGAACAGACUCAAUCAACACCAUUGCAGUCACGUGGAUAUCAAACUGGGCAACAGUAUCAUGCAACACCAUUGCAGUCACGCGGAUAUCAAACUGGACAACAAUAUGGAUAUCACACUACACAAAAUGCCCAGUCACCA